GCAAACAGCAGUUGCAAACAGUCAAGGACCGGUUUCAGGCUUUCCUCAAUGGGGAAACCCAGAUUGUGGCUGAUGAAGCCUUCAUGAACGCCGUCCAGAGUUACUAUGAGGUGUUCCUGAAGAGCGACCGUGUGGCCCGCAUGGUCCAGAGCGGGGGCUGCUCCGCCAAUGACUCCAGGGAGGUCUUCAAGAAGCACAUUGAGAAAAGGGUGCGCAGCCUGCCCGAGAUAGAUGGCCUCAGCAAGGAGACCGUGCUGAGCUCCUGGAUGGCCAAGUUUGAUGCCAUCUACCGCGGGGAAGAGGACCCCAGGAAGCAGCAGGCCCGGAUGACAGCCAGCGCAGCCUCUGAGCUGAUUUUGAGCAAGGAGCAACUCUACGAGAUGUUCCAAAACAUUCUUGGGAUCAAGAAGUUUGAACAUCAGCUCCUAUACAAUGCAUGCCAGCUGGACAAUCCAGAUGAGCAAGCAGCCCAGAUCAGACGAGAGCUGGAUGGACGUCUCCAAAUGGCAGACCAAAUAGCCAGGGAGCGCAAAUUUCCCAAAUUUGUAUCCAAAGAGAUGGAAAACAUGUACAUUGAGGAGCUGAAGUCAUCUGUCAACCUGCUCAUGGCCAAUUUGGAGAGCAUGCCGGUGUCCAAAGGUGGAGAGUUCAAACUUCAGAAACUCAAACGCAGCCACAACGCUUCCAUCAUCGACAUGGGUGAGGAGAGUGAGAACCAGCUCUCCAAGUCAGAUGUCGUGCUGUCUUUCUCCCUGGAGGUGGUGAUCAUGGAAGUCCAAGGCCUCAAAUCCUUGGCUCCCAAUCGCAUUGUGUAUUGCACCAUGGAGGUGGAAGGAGGAGAGAAACUACAGACCGACCAGGCCGAGGCUUCUAAACCAACCUGGGGCACCCAGGGCGACUUCUCAACAACUCAUGCACUGCCCGCUGUGAAGGUGAAGCUGUUCACAGAGAGCACAGGGGUCCUGGCCUUGGAGGACAAGGAGCUCGGACGGGUUAUUCUCCACCCUACCCCAAACAGCCCCAAACAGUCAGAGUGGCACAAAAUGACAGUCUCCAAAAACUGCCCCGAUCAAGACCUCAAAAUCAAACUUGCUGUCCGAAUGGAUAAGCCUCAAAACAUGAAGCAUUCUGGGUAUUUAUGGGCCAUUGGUAAGAAUGUCUGGAAGAGAUGGAAGAAGAGGUUUUUUGUAUUGGUCCAGGUCAGUCAAUACACGUUUGCUAUGUGCAGUUAUCGGGAGAAAAAAGCGGAGCCUCAGGAACUUCUACAGCUGGAUGGCUACACUGUGGACUACACCGACCCCCAGCCAGGGUUAGAGGGUGGCCGAGCCUUCUUUAAUGCAGUCAAAGAAGGAGACACCGUGAUAUUUGCAAGUGAUGACGAACAAGAUCGGAUCUUGUGGGUCCAAGCCAUGUAUCGGGCCACUGGGCAGUCACAUAAGCCAGUGCCCCCAACCCAAGUCCAGAAACUCAACGCUAAGGGAGGGAACGUGCCUCAGCUGGACGCCCCCAUCUCCCAAUUUUACGCAGAUAGAGCUCAAAAACAUGGCAUGGAUGAAUUUAUCUCUUCCAACCCCUGUAACUUUGACCACGCUUCCCUCUUUGAGAUGGUGCAACGCCUUACUUUGGAUCACAGACUUAAUGAUUCCUAUUCUUGCCUGGGCUGGUUCAGUCCUGGCCAGGUGUUUGUCCUAGACGAGUAUUGCGCCCGAAACGGAGUCCGAGGGUGUCAUCGACAUCUCUGCUACCUCAGAGACUUGCUUGAACGGGCAGAAAAUGGCGCCAUGAUUGACCCCACCCUCCUUCACUACAGCUUUGCCUUCUGUGCAUCCCAUGUCCAUGGGAACAGGCCUGAUGGAAUCGGAACUGUGACUGUUGAAGAGAAGGAACGUUUUGAAGAAAUCAAAGAGAGACUCCGAGUUCUGUUGGAAAAUCAGAUUACACAUUUUAGGUAUUGCUUUCCAUUCGGUCGACCUGAAGGGGCUUUAAAAGCUACUCUAUCGCUCUUGGAAAGGGUUUUGAUGAAAGAUAUUGUUACCCCCGUACCACAAGAGGAGGUAAAAACAGUCAUCCGGAAAUGUCUAGAGCAGGCUGCUUUAGUCAACUACUCCCGGCUCUCAGAAUAUGCUAAAAUCGAAGCCCCCCCAGCGCCUCCUGGGCCUCCUCCACCCUCCCAAACGCAGACCAGCAUGCUAUCUCAGAGGCUCAAAGGCAUGCCUAGGCCAAAACCAAAAAAUGUAGGCCGAUUAAUCACUCCUGCCAAAAAGCUCGAAGACACAAUCCGUCUUGCUGAACUAGUCAUUGAGGUUCUCCAACAGAAUGAGGAGCACCACGCGGAGGGAAAAGAGCCACAUGUUGAUAAAGGAGAAGCCUUUGCGUGGUGGUCAGACUUGAUGGUGGAGCAUGCGGAGACGUUCCUGUCACUCUUUGCAGUGGAUAUGGAUGCGGCGUUAGAGGUGCAGCCCCCAGACACAUGGGACAGUUUUCCACUGUUUCAGUUGCUGAAUGAUUUUCUCCGUACUGAUUAUAAUUUGUGCAAUGGAAAAUUUCACAAACACCUGCAAGACCUGUUUGCCCCACUUGUGGUUAGAUAUGUGGAUUUGAUGGAGUCCUCAAUUGCACAAUCCAUUCACAGGGGCUUUGAGCGGGAGUCAUGGGAACCAGUCAAGAGUUUAACCAGUAACCUACCCAAUGUGAACCUACCCAAUGUGAACCUUCCCAAAGUACCAAAUCUACCAGUUAACAUCCCUCUAGGCAUCCCACAAAUGCCUACUUUUUCGGCACCGUCAUGGAUGGCUGCUAUAUAUGAUGCUGAUAAUGGAUCAGGCACUUCAGAAGAUCUGUUCUGGAAACUCGAUGCCCUUCAGACCUUCAUUCGGGACUUGCACUGGCCCGAAGAAGAGUUUGGAAAGCACCUAGAACAACGGCUGAAGCUGAUGGCAAGUGACAUGAUUGAAUCUUGUGUCAAAAGAACCAGGAUUGCAUUUGAAGUUAAGCUGCAAAAAACCAGUCGAUCAACAGAUUUUCGAGUCCCACAGUCAAUAUGCACCAUGUUUAAUGUUAUGGUUGAUGCCAAAGCUCAAUCAACAAAACUUUGCAGCAUGGAAAUGGGCCAAGAGUUUGCUAAAGAGUGGCAUCAAUACCAUUCAAAAAUAGAUGAACUAAUUGAAGAAGCUGUUAAAGAAAUGAUAACCCUCUUGGUUGCAAAGUUCGUUACUAUCUUGGAAGGAGUACUGGCAAAAUUAUCCAGAUAUGACGAAGGGACUUUGUUUUCUUCUUUUUUGUCAUUUACCGUGAAGGCAGCUUCCAAAUAUGUGGAUGUACCUAAACCCGGGAUGGACGUGGCCGACGCCUAUGUGACUUUCGUCCGUCACUCUCAGGAUGUCCUCCGUGAUAAGGUCAAUGAGGAGAUGUAUAUAGAAAGGUUAUUUGAUCAAUGGUACAACAGCUCCAUGAACGUGAUCUGCACCUGGUUGACAGACCGGAUGGACUUACAGCUUCACAUUUAUCAAUUGAAAACACUAAUUAGGAUGGUAAAGAAAACCUAUAGAGAUUUCCGAUUGCAAGGGGUCCUGGACUCGACCUUAAACAGCAAGACCUAUGAAACCAUCCGGAACCGGCUCACUGUGGAGGAAGCCACUGCAUCAGUGAGCGAGGGUGGGGGCCUGCAGGGGAUCAGCAUGAAGGACAGCGACGAGGAAGACGAGGAAGAUGACUAGAAGGCUAGGGCCUGGAGUCCUUUGGGACAAAGUCCUGUAAUCAAUGCAUGUCCUUAGUCUGUUAGUUAACCCCAGUAGGGAAUUUUCUGUCAACUACCAUGCCCAUGAGAUGUUUACCAAUACAAUUGCCAUUUUAGCUAUGUGGUACCAAGAUUAGCAAAUGACCUUCCACCCCACUGACUUCCUGAUUCCAUGUCUGUAUGUUUACAAGCAAUAUGGAGCACCAUUCUUUACAAACUGUUCAUGGAGAAUACAUAGUCCAACUGCUAGGUGUGUUCCUGUUCUCAGCAAAGUUAAAUGAUGCUUCAUUAAUAUACUGUGUAUGCACUGAUGGUAAACGGAUGUGAGGGCAAGUACACCAAGUAUUUCACUUCUCUGUUUCGCGUUAUGUGGAUGCCAGUUAUUUAAACGAGUACAAUAAAUUAACGUAAGACACAUAGAUCUGCUUUGGUUUUUGGAAAACAAAGGCAAGCCUCCAGCAAGCCACCUUUUUGGUUCUUUGUGUUCCCCCGAAACUAAAAACUGAACCCCCGUCUUCCUUGUUAACUCAUCCUUUCACGGAUCCAUGUAGUUAGCCAAAAAACAAACAAACAAACAAACAAACAAAAAAAGGCGGCUAGAUACCAAUGGAUUGAUCUUGUCAUUUGCCACGGCAAGGGUGAUCCUCCCAUGAGCAAACACCAAGCACAGUUCAGAGCAACUGUCAUCUGUCCAAGUUUAUCCUCUUAAACGUCACAUUUUGCUUUUAUGUUUCGAUAACCGUGUAUGUAAAAAACCUGAAUAUUUAAAUUACCACCCUAGACUAUAAAUGUGUUUAUAAUAAGAUAUGGAUAUUUCCUUCAGUAGAUUUUCACCAUAAUUUAAAAUAUUUUGUUCCACACUGGUUUUUAUAUCUGUCAUGUACAUUGCAUUUUGGUCUGUAACUGCAUGACCCCGGGGUCCUCUGCAGAGCAGUUUCUUUCUGUGUAAAGUAGUGAAUCCAUCUUGCUUUUGCCUUAUAUAAAGCCUACAGUUAUGAAAGUGUGGAAGACUGUGGCUUCUCAAUAAAUAACCAUUCAAUGUCCUCA